GCAAGUGCAUUCUCACGUCGGCAGUGCCAGUGAGCGUAGCAAGCAAUUGCUUUUGGAUCGUUGCGCGUGAGCGAUAUAUAUACUUUCUCGUGUUGACGUUAAAUCGCAAAAAAAGUUGCGAAUUAAUUAAGUGUUUCGAGAUUCGAGUACCGAGUUUCCAAGUGCGAGAAACGUUAUUAAAGCACCAACCGAAAAAUCCCGUCUGAGAUCCCCGGACUGUUGUAUCACACGAGUGUCGAUACGGCUUCUCUGUACCAACCAUAGCCAUGGCUGCGAUGUCCGUAAUCGGGAUCGACUUUGGUAACGAGAGCUGUUAUGUGGCCGUGGCACGUGCUGGCGGCAUUGAAACCAUUGCGAACGACUACAGUCUUCGCAGCACGCCGUCAUGCGUGGCAUUCAGUGGAAAGAAUCGAAUACUUGGCGUAGCAGCCAAGAGUCAAAUGGUAACAAAUGUGAAGAAUACCAUUCAUGGCUUUAAAAGACUAUUAGGUAGAAAAUAUAAUGACCCGCAAGUUCAAAGUGAGUUAAGAUUUCUUCCUUUUAAGUUAACACCAGAAGCUGACGGAAGCAUUGGUAUACAUGUACAAUAUCUAGGAGAAGAACAUGUGUUUUCACCAGAGCAGAUUACCGCUAUGCUCUUUACAAAGUUGAAAGAAAUUUCUGAGACAGCGCUGCAAACUGCUGUUAAUGAUUGUGUCAUAUCAGUUCCUUCGUACUUUACUCAAGCUGAACGUCAGGCUCUGCUUGAUGCCGCUAAGAUAGCAGGCCUUAAUGUUCUCAGAUUAUUUAACGAAACCACGGCCACUGCUCUUUGUUAUGGUAUUUAUAAACAGGACUUGCCGUCAUUGGAAUCACCUCCCAGAAAUAUUGUAUUCGUGGAUUGCGGCAAUGCAAGCUUGCAAGUGAGCGUUUGUGCCUUUCAUAAAGGCAAACUUAAGAUGUUGGCAAGUGCUGCUGAUAAUCAAUUAGGCGGAAGAGACAUUGACGUUAUUUUAACGGAACAUUUCUGCAAUGAAUUUAAAACGCGAUACAACAUCGACGUGCACACCAAUCCGCGUGCAUACCUGAGAUUAUUAGCGGAAGCGGAAAAGCUAAAAAAACAAAUGUCGGCUAAUUCAACCACCCUUCCACUAAACAUCGAGUGCUUCAUGGACGAAAAGGAUGUGCACGGCGAAAUGAAACGUAACGAAAUGGAAUCAUUAUGUGCCCAUCUGUUCGAACGUGUCGAAAAAACUCUCAAGCAAUGCUUGUUGGAUUCGAAGUUGAAGUUGGAUGAUAUUCACUCGGUUGAGUUAGCGGGUGGAUCGAGUCGCGUUCCUGCCAUCAAACGUUUGGUGGAAGAAGUCUUUGGUCGUCCGACUUCGACGACUCUCAAUCAAGAUGAGGCGGUAGCUCGCGGUUGCGCGUUGCAAUGCGCCAUGCUCAGUCCGGCUGUACGCGUUCGUGACUUUUCCGUUACAGACUUGCAGCCGUAUCCAUUGAAACUAACAUGGGAUGCUACUCAAGGCGAAGAAGGUGAAAUGGAAGUAUUUGGACACAAUCAUCCUGUACCGUUCUCAAAGAUGUUAACGUUCUAUCGUUCGAGUCCAUUUACACUCACUGCAAGUUAUAGCGUACCGCCGUCUUGUUAUCCUCAGACACAUAUUGGAACGUUCACGAUAAAGAAUGUAAAAGCUACGCCGGAAGGUGAAUCGGCGAAAGUUAAAGUAAAGGUAAGAGUGAAUCUGAAUGGUAUUUUAACUGUGGCAUCAGCAUCGCUUAUCGAGAAACGAGAGCCGACUCAACAAGAGAAGGAAGAAGAGGAGGCACACCAGAACAACAUGGACGUAGAUCACCAGCCAGGAGAUAAAAAAGAUAAACCUGAUCAGGAAGCACAGGCGAACGAACCACCAGCUCCAGAGGUGAAUAUGGAUAAGACACGACGGAACUCAGAUGCUGAUGAUGAUGGGAAAGGUGCUAGGGGCUCUGCCCCUUCUUACUCGUCCAGGAUUCUCUCUUGGUUCAGCUCGGGAGAUGAUAAAGGCGACGAUAAGGGCAAGAAAAAGAUUCCCAUUCGCACGAUCGAUUUGCCUAUCGAGGCAAAUGUUUGCGGACUAUCCGCACGAGACCUUGAUGCCGCAGUAGAAAAAGAGGGAAAAAUGGUCGCCGAGGAUAGACAGGAGAAGGAACGAGUUGACGCACGUAAUGCCUUGGAGGAAUACGUGUACGAUUUGCGUGCUAAAUUAACUGAAGACGAUCAGUUAGCUACGUUUAUCACGGAAGCGGACAAGGAAGCGUUGUGUCGUACAUUAGACGAAACAGAACAAUGGCUCUAUGAAGAGGGAGAAGAUUGUCAACGACAUGUGUACUCCGAACGAUUACAACGCUUGAAAUCUCAAGGCGAGCCGAUAAAGGAAAGAAGAUUAGAAUUCGAAGGAAGAUCUUACGCACUAGAGGAAUUAGGAGGAGCGUUACAGCUAGCUAAGAAAGGUUUGGAUCAAGUAAAAGCGUCGUAUGGAAAAGACGACAAAUAUUCUCAUCUAACGGAAGAAGAAAUCAAAACAGUUGAGAAAACUGUGCAAGAAAAGUGGGCGUGGUUGGAAGAGAAACGCGUGUUGCUCGCGAGUACGCUUCGCACGCAACAACCGCCGGUCACUGUGGCGCAAAUUCGCGCUGAGAAAACAUCCUUGGAUAGUGUGGUGCUACCUAUUCUUAACAAGCCUAAACCUAAAGUAGAACCACCAAAGGAGGAGAAACCAAAAGAUCAGUCCGAUGAACAGAAAACUAAUCAAAAUCAAAAUGCUCAGGGUAACAAUCAGAGUCAGCCUAAUCAACAGCAGCAGCAGCAACAAGAAGAAAAAAUGGACGUUGAGUAACAGUCACCACAACUUAUGUGUUUUUAAUAAUAUUAAAAUCUAUCGUAAUUAAAAAAAUAGCAAAUAAUUCACUUCAGAUAAACCAUGUUUACUGUGUCAACGUGAUCUGACAUACUAAUAAGUCGGAUUAGCACACGUGGUUGUUUUUCUGUCUCUCUUCCGUUUUCUUCUUUUUUUUCUCUCUCUCUCUGUAACGUCUAUAUAUUGUAAUACGGUGAAUUAAUUGCACUAAUGAAGUGUCAUUCAAAACUAAAGAUUUAAUUCAAUGAUUUGAAUUAAAUUUGUGAUUUACAAAUUUACGUUUGUAAAGAAUCGUUGAACAGAACAUGCGUUUUUGCUUGAAAGCUUAUGUAUUACUGACGUUCGUGAUAUGUAAUGUCACGAGUACAUUUAUUAAUUAAUCUCGACAAAUGAAGAUCUGCGGAUGUUCUAGGAAGCAAGAAACAAUGAAACAGUACUGUUUGUGUUUCAAGAUCUCUCGAUUGUUUCUCAAAAGUUCGCAGUACAUUUUUAAUUGUAUAAAAUUGGUCUCGAUAUACACAUACUUGAAUUUCUUAAAAAUUAUUGCUAGAACUUCUAAUUGUUUGUGAGUUUUAAAAUUCAGAGAGUGUUAAGUUAGACUUAGGUGAAAUUUCUAAUGAGUGAUGUUGUUGGCGAUCUUAUGUGUUAAACAUAAGAUAAUAUUGUUAUAUUAUCUUAUUUGUGUGACAUAUUUAAAUAUUGUUCAUUCCAACUUUUUUUUGACGAUCGACAACAGAUACUCCGUCACCCAAGUUUUUUUUUUUUUUUUUUUUGCAUUUACGAUAAAUAAAUUACGUCUCGUACCAGUUGAGGAGUAUUUACGCUCUAAUCUUUUUUUUUUUUUUUCAAUAAUUGAUACGAACAUUAAACAACAAAAAUAUGUUACAAUAAGAGUUUGUUUUGCAAAUUUUUUAUGUUGAACACUUAAACCAUGGUUUUAGUUCGUUAGUCAGCGCUGUCUAAGAGAAAAAUGAUAUAUCUUUAGCUAGACACACAUCAUUGUACAUAACUUGUAGACAUCUACACAAUGAUAUAGAGUAUUUCUUUACCACUACAUAUUUAUAAUAACUGCUAUUGCACUUUCACACAGCGCAUAACGCAUUCAACACAAAACUCCAACUGUUCCUAGAAAUAUAUCAGAGAUGGGCGAUCCAUAUUUCACUCCUACGCCUAACUUCGUUUUUUUAGUUUUUCACACUGGUGUUUAGCAACUAAGUCUCGCAGUUCAAUAAUAUAUAGUAUUUAGCAUUAGCAAGAUAUGAAGAAGACGUGAAAGUUAAUUUGUUAAAAGAUACUUUUCGAAUGAUAAAACAAUCACUUAGCGUAUGAGAAAUUAUUUGUGGCUUCACAUGCAUAGUUUUCGCGUAUGAACAUUAAUUUAAUACAGAUUAUUAUGCUUUUAAAAAUAAAUAUUUUCAAUAAUUGUUCGAAUAA